AUGAGAAAUGCCGAGGGAAUCCGGACAGGCAUGCGUCCGGUAUCGGGCGUUCGCCGCGCCUUCCUCCACUGUGAACGGUCGGUGAUUCAAAACCUCCACGCCUGCUGCCGCGCGCUGCCCGCCACCCAAGCCUCGGCCAAGGUGUAUCUCGCGCGGCAUCGCAUCGCCAAGUUCAGCCUUCCAGCUUCCGAGAGGCUCAGCGGCCGUUUCCUGGAAGGAACGUCUGGCCGUAAUAUGGGGCGGGCCUGUCGAGGGGACGGCGCCUUCUUUUGGCUUUUUGCCCGUCACUUUCGAAAGCUGCGCCGGAUCCUCUUGGAGAGGAGGACGCGGCGCUUCCUGGACGAGAUGAUCCACAAGUACGCGGACAUCCGGCUGUCCGCCAGGACCAAGGGCGAGAUGUCGCGGAAGCGACGACGCAGUGAAGCGACUGGCGUGCUCAAGUCGACGAAUGGCUGCAGCGAGAUGGCUCAAUGUUAUGGAGACCGGGACGACCACUCGACCUCGUCCAGUUGUCGAACAGAGUCGGAACAAAGCUCGCGAUUGUCUUCGAGCGCGCUGCUGGACAGCGAGCGCCAGUCUCGAAAGGGUCGCGAACGGCAGCAGCAGCAGGAGCAGCAAGACGAAUAUCGGUGGCGCAUGUCCGACGCACGCACCGUGUCCGAGUACGGCUCUGCGUUUUCGUCGACGAGGUUGACCAGCCUGCUGGAGGAGGAGGACGUCGACAACAAUGCACAGAGCAGCCACGUCGGAUCUCGGCGAGGCUCCGAUUCCAGCUCGACGGCGUCGAAAGUGCGGGAGACGGAGGAGAACCUCGACCAUUGCUGCGGUUCCUCCGAAUGCGAGAGCUCCUCGACGCUCGUUGAAUCCGCCCCUACGUCCACGUCCACCCAGCCCACCGAUGACAACCAAGCAGAAGACCAGUCCGAGAUGUCGGGAUCCCAAGCCGACACGCCACCUGCGUCGUCUUCCGAGACCCUUCCAAGGCUACGACCGACGCCCCCCGAACACCGCGUGGUGCCCAACUGCUGCGACUUCUUCCCGUCGCCCCACCCCCACUACGCGAAGGAGGUGAUCGGCGGCGGCAAGUGUGAGGGAGCCACGUCCAACACCCCGUCGCCGACAAACGACGCCAGCCCAGAUACACAAUCCACAAACCAAGACGCUGAAAGUGCAAACAGCAGCAGCAGUACCAACAGCAACAGCAACAGUGGUCCCUCCGAGAACUCGAGAGCCCGUCACGAAAGCAACGAUGAUUUCGAGAUGUGGGACUACAUCUGUCCGCAGCACGCCCGCCGCAACUACGCCAACGAGUGGUUCUAG